AGAAGCUGCUAAGAUGGGGACAGCUUGGAUGUUGCGUAACCUAGUAGUAAUCAUUCACCUGAGUGCAUAUUUUGGGUUAUGUACCAUUUUAAGAAGUUGUGGCUACAUCAUUCCAGAGAUUUCCAUUAUUCAGAUUGGCACCCAGUUUGUUGCAUCCUGCGUUCUCAAUGAAAGUUGCAUCCCCGUGUAUGGAGCAGAUGCAAAUUAUAUUUAUUGGAGUACAAGAAAAAACGAGGUCCCCAAAGAACAGUAUAAUGUUGUGAACAGAACACUUGCACAGGUCACAUUCACAGAUACAUCUGUACUGGAGAGCCCUUUGUUGUGCAGUAUUCUAGAACAUGGACAGAUUCCUCGAACACUUUAUGGAAUCUUUUUUACCUUGGGAUUUCCGCCAGAGAAACCGACAAACUUGACAUGCAUUGUUUAUCAGGAUGUUGGGAUGACCUGUACUUGGAACCCUGGAAGACACACUUACCUGCCUACUAAUUUUACAUUAAAAAACCAAUGGUUUGCAGAACAAAAACCUGAUUGCAUACCAUUUGAUGCCAACAACUCUUGUACGAUCGAAGCUGAACAUUUUUCAUUCUUUGUCAAUACUGAACUGUGGGUUGAAGUUGAAAAUGGCCUUGGAAAGAAUGAAUCGGAUCAUAUUUUUUUGGAUCCUGUUAAUAUUGUAAAACCAAGGGCUCCAGAUAUCCUCAACGUUACAGCCAUCCCUGAGCUACCAAGUGGUUUGAAAGUGGAAUGGGAAAAUCCAUAUCGUGAGCAAGAGAUGAAACUGAAAUUUGUAAUUCGAUACAGAAUGAAAUACAGCAUCAACUUCACUGAGCUGCCUUCUGAAGACACAGCAAGCAACAGAAAUUUCUUUACUCUUCAAGGUCUGAAGUCUUUCACAACAUACAGUAUUUCUAUACGUUGCAUGAAGAUGGAUGGAAGAGGUUAUUGGAGUGAAUGGAGUACAGAAGUGACUGGAACCACACCUGAAACCAAACCAUCAAAAAAAGUAGACCUUUGGAGGCAGCUGACGUACAAUAAUUCCGGGAAAAGAAACUUGGAGUUAAUGUGGAAGAAAUUGGAAGUCUCUGAUGCCAAUGGAAUUAUUUUAUUUUAUGAAGUAAAGAUAAGUUCCAAAGCAACUGAAACAGUCAUUACACCUAAUACUACUUUGAGGUACCAAUUGGAGGAUAAAAAGUACACAGUGAAUGUGUAUGCUUGUAACUCUGUUGGAAAAUCUCCAGUAGCUACUUUAAUUAUUCCUGAAGAAUCUGCACCAGUGCUACCAGGUGUUCCACAUUUUAAUGUGACUUCAAAUAACACACAUCUGUUGCUGGAAUGGAAGGCUCCACGUUUUUCAGUGAAUGGAUACAUCAUUGAGUGUGUUGACUUGUUAAGUGAGAAACGCGUGAUAGAAUGGCAGCAACUAGAGAGCACUGCUAGGAGUGCAGUUAUAUACGAAAAUAUAAAGCAAUUCAAGUUGUACGAGGUCUCCAUCUAUCCAUUAUAUAAUGGUAAUCCUGGGGCAUCACAUACAUUGAAGACAUACCUAGAGGAAGGUGCUCCCUUAAAUGGCCCUGAUAUCGUUGCACAUAAAAUUGAUAAGAAUGAAGUUACACUGGUGUGGAAACUCUUGCAUCCUGAGGACCAAAGAGGUUUCAUCACACAUUACGCUGUAGUUUACUCGCCAAAUAAUGGAAGAGAUUCAUUCAAUGUAACUGUGGAUGCUAACAUUACAGAAUGUACUUUGUCUUCGCUAACAAAGGAUACUUCAUACCUUACUUACUUAGUGGCCUUUACAAGCAAAGGUGGAACUCCGGGGCGAAAAUUCACAUUUACUACACUUAAGUAUGCAAAUGGAGAAAUCGAAGCUAUAAUAGUUCCAGUUUGCUUGUUCUUCCUGAUAUUUUCUCUAACAGCAGUUCUGCUGUGCUUUAAAAAAAUCAACAUGAUCAAGAAGCAUGUUUGGCCUAAUGUUCCAGAUCCUUCCAAUAGCACAGUUGCACAGUGGUCCCCUCAAAGCAUAAUGCAGUCUUGUGGAAAGGAGCCAGUCUGCCCCGAAAAUACCAUUACAGCUGUCAGUGUUGUUGAACCAGACCCAGAUGACAAGAGCAAGCUUGCAGAACAGGAUGGAACCGUAUUGUCACUGGAAGAAAACAGUGGCUCUGAAGAUCACAGCAGUGGAAUUGGUGGCUCUUCUUGCUCAUCAACACCAAGGCAAAGUGUUUCAGAUAGUGAAGAAGGUGAGUCGGCACAAUCAACAUCAAGCUCUGUUCAGUAUUCAACUGUCGUGGCCAGCAGUUACCGUGGCCAGUUACCAUCAGUACACGUGUUUGCAAGGUCUGAAUCUACACAGCCACUUCUGGAUUCAGAAGAAAGAUCUGAAGACCUGCAUAGUGAAAGAAGCAUGGAAGGAAGUGAUAACAGCCCACAAGGCCGUCAUUAUUUCAGACAAAAUUGUUGCUCACAUGAAGCCACUGUAGGCAGUUUACACAGUGCUGGACUGAACACUGUGUCACAGACAGUGUAUGAAAACAGUUUGGUUGGAUUGAACCAUCUACAGAUGUUGAGCCACAGCUCAGGUUCCUUGGAGUUCAGUCCAGCCAUAAAAGAGAAUGAAGAACUUGAGGCUACACCAGAUAGCCUGCAGCAAAAUAAUGAUGGACAAACUGUUGUAAGUCUUGAUCUUCUGGGUCUUCAAAGAGCCAGAGAAAGUGGAGAACCCAAAUCAUACCUGCCACAAAGUGUAAAACAAAGUGGUUAUAUGCCACAGUAAAAAGAUGUAGAACUGAGUUCUGUGCUGCCUGUUAUUAACAAAAUGACAGAAGCUAAGCUAUAUUUCAUGUACAUUUUGUAAAAGAUUAUAAUAGGUCUUUAUUUUCUUACUUGGCCACCCAUCUUUUUUUUUUCCACCCUGCAUUUCAAAUAUUCUCUGACAUCGUAAUGAAGAUGUGGAUCUAAUUGCCCUGUUUUUCGAUGCUUCAGUAAGGCUAGAUCUGUUGUUGCUGCAGUAAGACCUUUCCACCUUAAUGUACACAGCCAGUUUUUCUGUCAUGCAGUCACCUUCCAUAAUUGACAUUUCAUGUAGUACAUUUGCAGCAUUGCUUUAAUGUGAGAAGACACUCUAGCAGAUUAAUUGCAUUUUAGGACAGAAGCUUUGUAAGUCAUGCAGGUCUGCCGAAAUGAGUGGAUGCUUUUACAGAGCUUUUAUUGAGGCAUUUGCUGAUUCUGCAGUAAUGUGAAGAGUAUACAUCUCCAUUUGCAGUGAUCGUACAACCAUUUUAUAGUUCUUUCUGCAUGUUAUGUAAUGGUUUUAUGCUGGGAGUCCAAAUUUCAUUUCAUCAGGCAGUCAUUGAAGUGGCCAGAUACUCUGCAUUAAAGGUAAGAAAUAAGCUGAAACUGGGCACUGUCAUAGCAGAAAAAUUGUCAUUUAACCAACCAAGCCACAAGAAAUGCUAACACAAACUUUUCUUUUUGCAAGUCAAGGCACUCUCCACCCUUUGUAUCAUUUCAUCUUGGUUAUUCUGACCCGAGAUUACGCAAGCUUGUUGGAGAAAUACUUGAUUAUUCACAGACAUCAGAUAUCUCCUCUUUUUCCAAUAUUGUGUAACUUUUGAGUGAGAACAUUUGUUUCAAGUCAGGGGAGUGGAAUUUGCAGGGGACUUGCCUUCCUUCUGCAGUUUAGAACUGCUAAAGUGAGUGGAUGCUAGGAAUUAUUUUCAGUAUUGCCAUUUGCUAGACUGUUAGCUUUCUUCUUUUACAUUUUACUGUAUAUUUUAUCCCAUUUUCAGGAACUUUGGAUUUGUGGAAAUGUUUUAAUAUGUCAAAGUAGAACUGUUAAACUGUACUGUGUUCACCUGCCUCUGCUGUGUGCAGCAUUUCAUAGGUUCAUAGGUUGGUACUAGGCUAUCGGCCCUAGGGCCUAUACAAUCCUAGCCAUAACAAUUCCCUGGCUAUUUCUUCUCACACUGUUUACU